GUGCACAGCCUGCAGGAGCUGCGGCGCAGCGCAUCCCUGGCCACCAAGGUCUUCGUGCAGCGGGAUUACAGCGAUGGGACCACGUGCCAGUUCCAGACAAAGUUUCCCCCUGAGCUGGAGAGCCGGAUCGAACGGCAGCUCUUCGAGGAAACUGUGAAAACCCUUAAUGGCUUCUAUGCUGAGGCGGAGAAGAUUGGGGGCAGCUCAUACCUGGAGGGAUGCCUGGCCUGCGCCACUGCCUACUUCAUCUUCCUCUGCAUGGAGACCCACUAUGAGAAGGUCCUGAAGAAGAUCUCCAAGUAUAUUCAGGAGCAGAAUGAGAAGAUCUAUGCACCACGGGGGCUGUUGCUCACCGACCCCCUGGAGCGUGGCAUGAGGGUUAUCGAAAUAUCCAUCUACGAGGACCGGUGCAGCAGCAGCAGCUCCAUGGCUCUGCCCCUGCUCAGACUCACUGAGAGCAGGGGCUGGCGUGUCACAGGUGCUUCCCACUGA